UUUGCGGACCAAAAAAUAAAAAUAAAAUAAAAAAAUAGUCGCAGAAUUUGAAGAAGAUCCACUCAGAGAGCACACUAAGCCAAGAGCACACAGAAAAUGGCCUCUGCCAAAACACAAGAUGAGUCAAGUUCUGCUGAAAGAGUAGCUGUUGUUGGUGCCGGUGUUAGGCUCGCAGCGGCCUACAAAUUGAAAUCGCAUGGUUUGAAUGUCAUGGUGUUUGAAACUGAGGGAAGAACUAGGGGGAAGUUGAGAAGUGUUUCUCAUGAUGGUCUAAUUUGGGAUGAAAGAGCCAAUACAAUGGCAUAUGUUGACAGUAAAUAUAUCGUGAAAGAACCUACAAGUUGAAUUCAUUCUGGGUACCAUGAAUCUUUUAUUGUGAUCUUUAAACUAUUGCAGUGGUGCCUAUGCUGAUAUUAAAAGUUGUGCCUUUUCCAGACUCAGAGUGAAAUAGAAGUCCAAAAUCUGCUUGAUGAUUCUUGGACUUAGAGAAAACAGCAAUUUGUAAGGAUUUAUUCCUUUUUUAUCUGGAAAUAUGAAAGAUUGGAGAUGUGGCUUGAGUCUCAUCAGCUAGAGAGUGGGAUUGUAUCAUUAGCUUAUUUCACUCUAACUGGACUGCUAGAUGCCAAUUUCACAGAAUAAACAGUAUAUCGUAAGAGAUGGAUCACCAGUGCUGAUACCUACAAAUGCGCUUGCAUCGAUCAAGAGCAACAUUCUUUCCACAAAAUCCAAGUUUCAGAUCAUUCUGGAGCCAUUUUUGUGGAAGAAAAGGAGCUCCUCAGAUGUUUCUGAUCAUAGUCAAGAAAGUGUGGGUGGGUUCUUUCAACGUUAUUUUGGGAAAGAGGUUGUUGAUUAUCUCAUUGACCCUUUUGUUGAGGGCACAAGCACUGGAGAUCCUGAAUAUCUCUCUAUGUGUUAUUCUUUUCCGGAUUUAUGGAAUCUAGAGGAAAGGUUCGGUUCUUUUAUUGCUGGGGCAAUUCAAUCGAAGUUAUCUUCCAGAAAGGAGAAAAGUGGAGAAAAAAAGGGUUCCUUAAAAAAACAAAGCAUCAAUGUGGUUCAUUUUCUUUCAAGGGUGGAAUGCAGACACUUGCUGAUACAUUGAGCAAAGAAAUUGGUGUGGAUGAGAUUAAGUUAAACUCGAAGGUUUUAUCAUUAUCUUAUUGUCCUGAUGGGAAGUCUGCAAGGGAAAACUGGUCAGUUUCUUUUGCUGCAAAACAUGUCAACCGCUCACAAGCUUUAUCUGUAGACGCUGUAAUCGUGACGAUUCUGAAUUCAUUAAAAGAAAAUGAGACAAGAAAGAAAGAAAGUAUCCUGUUUGGCAUAUCAACAGCUAACCAAAGGGGUGGACUGCCUGUUGGCAAAGCAAUAGCAUCCGAGUGCAAGGCAGCUGAACUUGUAGUCUCAUAUUUGGAAUCUUCUUCAGACGGCAAGUAACUUGGGGAAGGAGCCUUUGUGCAGAGAGUGAGGGGAGGACCACAUAGAUUGUUGUUGGCAAAGCUUGAUGAAUCGAAGCUUUGGAGUUGAGUGCCCGUUGGGAUCUUUCCACUGAGGUUGUUGUAGGACAAAUUCAAAUAGCUCAAGAAAUUCAAACUCG